AUGGCAAAACUCGAAGACGAACUCAAGGGCCAGACGGUGGUCGAACACGACAAUGAGCCACCCGCGUACGAUGAAAAGGCUGCCGUCGGCGAGGUGAAGGAGAUCAAUGCCGCCUCCGUCGCGUUGGCUGCCGCCACGGCGGAGCAGCAAGUGAACUGGUGGUCGCCCAACAUGAUCAAGUUGUACGGCAUCAUGGCCAUCGGCUAUCUUGUGUCAACCAUGAACGGCUUCGACUCGUCCCUCAUGGGAGCGAUCAACGCCAUGCCACCCUAUCAAGAGACCUUCGGACUUUCGAGCGCCGGUUCCACAACUGGUAUCGUCUUCAUGAUCUACCAAGUCGGCCAAAUUUGCAGUUUCCCGUUCUGCGGCAUGAUCGCAGAUGGCUGGGGUCGAAGAUGGUGUAUCUUCAUCGGCUGCUUCAUUGUUCUCAUUGGCACCGCUAUCCAAGCACCUGCCCAACACCUGGGACAGUUCGUGGCAGGCCGGUUUGUUCUCGGCUUUGGAGCUUCUCUCGCUUCUGCUGCUGGACCUGCUUACGUCGUCGAGCUGGCGCAUCCUUCCGCCCGUGGAACCAUGGCUGGUCUUUACAAUAACUUUUGGUGGCUUGGAAACAUUUUGGCCGGUUGGACUACCUACGGAUCGAACCACCAUAUCAAGACAAGCUGGGCGUGGCGAAUCCCCACCGUCGUUCAGGCCGCUAUGCCUGGAGUAGUCAUGAUAUUCAUCAUGUUCUUCCCCGAAAGUCCUCGAUGGCUCAUCUCAAAAGACCGCGCAGAGGAGGCGCUCGCGAUCCUGGCCAAGUACCACGGUGAUGGCGACGUAAACUCCCCCGUCGUGCAGCUUCAGUACCGCGAGAUCAUUGAGGAUCACCACUCGACCACCGACGAGAACCCUUGGUGGCAGAUGAAGGAGCUCUUCAACACCAAGGCCCGCCGCUACAGACUCUUCAUGGUCAUCGCCAUGGCUUUCAUCGGCCAGUGGUCGUAA